AUGACUUCCUACACAUCUGGUGCAGGAAUACCUUUUACUUAUGGCUCUGUGACUAGCACGUCGAGCAGCAUGAGGGGUGCUAUCGCUUCAUACCGUCGCUCCCAAUUUUUUGCCAGUUCAAAUAUACCAUAUAAUUCACGUUUCUCUGACGAGGAGGAGUCGGAUGAAGAGGCUCGCAUUGGAGAAGAUGUCGAGGAAGGCGAGCUAACUCCAAUACCUAGGGAUGAUAUGACAGAGUUCUGGGACUGGGACGAAUCGUCGCGUCCAGUCUUGCAACCUGUACGGCCUUUUCUCCCCCGACGGAAUGUUGAUACCGGGGAAAUUACUGCCAGCGGAAGUCAACUCGCUCAAACAACCAGCGACGAAGCUGCUCCCUUGCUUAAAGCAUCUACCACAUCUAAUCAAGUCAGUUAUGGGGGAUCAGAUUCAGAUGCGUACGUCGGCGGAGAAUCACGCGGCCCAAUAGAUCGGUCUUUACUGCGGCGCAAGUCGUCGGCAACCCUGAGGAAACCAUACAACUAUGGAGGACAGAGUACCUAUGGGCAGACAUUAUUUAAUAGCAUCGCGAUAUUGUUGGGCAUAGGAAUGCUAUCCGAGCCUCUGGCCUUCGCAUAUGCUGGUUGGAUCGGUGGAACGGCUCUCAUUGUAUUUUUGGGCUUCUUGAAUUGCUAUACUGCUAAAAUUCUCGCUCGUAUCAUCUUGGAGGACCCUCGUUUGAGGUCAUACGCCGACAUUGGUCGCAAGGCGUUCGGUCCAAAGUCGACUGUCUUGACCACGAUCUUGUUUUGUCUUGAACUUUUCGCCGUCAGCGUUGCUUUCGUCACUCUAGCCGCUGACUCCAUGCACGAAGUGAUGCCAGCGUAUUCCGCAGACACAUUUAAAAUUUCGUCCAUAGUCGUAUUGGUACCACUAGUUUUCCUACCGCUGUCUAUACUCUCUUAUACCUCGAUAUUUGGCAUUUGCUCGACGCUCCUCAUCAUUCUUGUCAUUUUCAUAGACGGCUUUUCUAAGCCAGACGCUCCCGGUAGUCUGAUGAGUCCAGCCGCAACAUCAUGGGGGACUGGCACUAUGACAGAGCUUGGAAUUGCAUUUGGCUUGUUGAUGGCUGGGUUCUCUGGUCAUGCUGUAAUACCAUCGUUGGCCCGUGACAUGGUUGAUCCUUCCCAGUUUGAUAAUAUGAUCAACUGGGCUUUCGUUGUUACCACAUUCAUCUAUGCGGUCAUCGGUUAUGCUGGGUACUUGAUGUUCGGACGGAACGUGAGCGAUGAGAUCAGCAAGGAUCUCAUGAGCACUCCUGGUUAUAGCUCCUGGAUCAACGAAAUCGCACUGUGGACGUUGGUGUCAACCCCUCUCACGAAGUUUCCUCUCAGCACGCGGCCACUCAAUGUCAUCCUCGAAAUCAUGCUCGACAUAGACAAUCAUACCCCGUUCCAUGGUGGCAUCAAACCCCAGCUGGACACUCAGCCUUCGACCGCCCGUCGGCUUUUGAAUCGAGUACUAUUCAUUGUCGAGCGCGUAUCUGUUCCUGCGCUGUCUAUCAUGGUGUCGAUCCUCGUUCCAGAGUUUAGCUCCCUUAUGGCCUUCCUCGGCUCAUUCUCUGCAUUCAUGAUCUGUGUCAUUGGUCCUAUAUCAGCCAAAGUCGCCCUUGAGGGAAGGUGUAAUGCCCUUGAUGCUUCAUUACUCGGAAUAGCUAUUGUAAUGGCAACUUGGGGAACGUUCGCGGCAUUUUGGACUGUGUGA